AUGUUUCCAGCGGGCCAUAGCUUAAAAGUUUUCGUAGGUGUGUUGGUGACCUUUAUCCUAAGCAGCCUUUUCGUCGCCGCGCGCCUUGUGAGCCGAUUUGGCAUUGUCAGGCGCCAUGGCUGGGACGAUUACACUAUUAUAGUAGCGUGGGUCCUCGCCUUUGGCAUGUCCUUUGCCGUCGCCUUUUGCACUUUUAAAGGCCUAGGGCGUCCUGAGGAGAACAUCUCCCCAGCCUGGGUCGUCCCACUGCUCAAGGCGAGGUAUGCUGCGAUCGUGCUUUACAACCCCGCACUGAAUGUCACCAAGGCCUCGAUACUUUUUCUCUACAUUGACAUUGCACAACGCUCACAGAGGUUCUUAUAUUUUGGCUCCUGGGUGACCUUCGCUGUCGUCCUCACUGGUGGUGUUGCCUUCACGUUCCUCACUGCCUUGCAAUGCCGCCCCGUACAGGCCGUCUAUAAUCUCACCAUUAAGAAUCCUACCUGCAUACCAAUUGAGACUAUCGACCUGGCCAUCGUCCCUGUCAAUGUCGCCACGGGCCUUGCCAUCCUAGUCCUACCGAUUCCCGUGCUAACGACGUUGCACCUACCGCUUGGUCAAAAGACUUUACUGUUGCUGCUCUUCAUACUGGGUGUCAUCCUUAUCAUCGUUGCUGAUGUCGUGCGUAUCUAUUACUUGCAACUGGCGGCCAUCAAUCUCCGGCAGUCAACCAUCAGCCCUCCCGUCAAUCUUAAGUUUCUCGCAACUGCGAGUUUGACAGCCCUGUGGUCGACAGUUGAGGUAAAUGUGGCCAUUGUCGGUGCUUGCAUCCCCACCCUACUACCGUUGAUCAAGCGGUUAAUCCCGAAGUUGAUUCCUUCUGCAAGAAGCAGCAACCGCCAGAUGCUUCCUUCUCCUUCAUCGCUGCCCGAUAGAGCUGAAGCUGGUUCACCUCAUUCUAAUGAGCUCCAUCGCCAUCAAUCGAGUCCCAUAUCACUGCAAGCUGACUACCAGGAGCAGCUACAGCGGCAGAUAUAUCUGUUGGAUUUGAGCGGUCCAGGUGCAUGCUUGACCUGCGCGGCUCAGAAUCCGUCAAGUAUUGCGCGUUAG